AUGGAGGCUGUCCUCCGGCUGGCGUUGCUGCUGCACGUCGCCUCGGCCGUCGGAAGCGGCCAACGGGAAACCGAGUCUGACGCCGCCUCCGCCGCGGCGGCGUCCGACUUCCUGCGCACGGGCGACUCCGUAGCCCUGGAGCAGGCCAACUGCUCGCGCAGGUUUGAGCUCCCGCUGCAGCGGGGAAGGUCACCCGAGAGCCGGCAUCGCGAGGCGCUCGACUCGGUGCUGCACGCCGCCAACUUGCUCAGCUUGGUGCUGCAAGCCAACAGGUCCAGGGAAGGAGGUGCGCGAGAUGUGGAGUGGUACCACGCGCUGGUGAGGAGUCUCCUUCUGGGGGAGCGGAAAAUCCACCGGGCCGUGGUCAGCUUCUCCUCAAACGGGCCGGGAGUGCACCUUCAGGCCACUAGAACCGGAGAGGAGAUUGUGCUCCAGGACCUGCGCGACCGGACCUGGGAUCACGGCGAGCGGCACCACGGCGUGAAGCACAAGAAGUUCGGCUUCCGCAACAAGGCGCCGAACCGGGAUCCGGACGACGACCCGAGAAGAUGGGAAAGUUUCAUCCCGGACGGGACGCACGUCAAGUGGUCGGCGCCCUACCUGGAGUGCCGCGACGGGAACUACGUGCCCAGGUGGUCGGUCACGCUGUCGGCGGCUUUCUACGGGCUCGGGCCAAAUUUGGUGCCGGAAUUCAGGGGCGUGGUGCGAGUGGACAUUGAUCUCCAGGAUGUUGAUAUCGACCAGUGCUCCACUGAUGGCUGGUUCGCAGGAACCCAUCGCUGCAACCUGACCACUACGGAGUGUAUGCCAAGCCACGGCCACGGCUUUGUCCUGGAUAAGUACAAAUGUCACUGCAAGAAAGGCUUCUACCAUCCCGACCGUUCAGCCGCCGCUGGAUAUCCUCCGCCAGGGUCGGUGAUUGAAUGCCUGCCGUGCCGACCGGGCUGCUCCUCCUGCAAAGACGACGCGCCGUGCAUCGCCCGGCAAGACGGCCCUCUACGCACCGCCGUCGUCGCCUUCCAAUGCGUCUGUAUGCUGGCGGUCUUCGUUAGCAUGGUGCUGGUCUACCACUUCAGGAGGAACAAGACUAUCCGCGCGUCGGGUCUCGUAUUGCUGGAGGCCAUCUUGUGUGGGGCGCUGCUUCUAUAUUUCCCGGUGGGGAUCCUUUACUUCCAGCCCGGCGUGUUCCGCUGCAUCCUGUUGCGUUGGGUCCGACUGCUGGGGUUCGCCACUGUCUACGGGACGCUCACGCUAAAGUUGUACAGGGUGCUGAAGGUGUUCCUGUCGCGCACGGCUCAGAGGAUUCCCUACAUGACCAGCUGGCGGGUGCUGAGGUUGCUGGCGGUCAUCCUGCUGGUGGCUUGCUGGUUCCUGGCGGCCUGGACGGCGGCCGUUUGCCAGACGGCCGACAGGAAGCUGGCGCUGAUCCGCGUGGGCCGCACGCCCGACGGCCUUCAGUUCAGCAUGUGCCUGCUCGACCCCUGGGACUACAUGAUGGCCCUCGCCGAGUUCCUGUUCCUGUUGUGGGCGGUGUACUUGUGCUACGCCGUGAGGACGGUGCCGUCCGCCUUCCACGAGCCUCGCUACAUGGCCAUCGCCGUCCACAAUGAGCUGGUCCUGUCGGCCAUCUUCUACGUCAUCAGGUUCACGCUGGCGCCUGAGCUACAUCCCGACUGGAUGCUUCUGCUCUUCUUCACGCACACGCACCUGACGGUGACGGUCACGCUGGGCCUGCUGCUCAUUCCCAAGUUUGUGUUCGCGGGUACACAAAUGCGAGACGACUUGGCGUCGGAGGCAUACGAAGAUGAGCUGGAUAUGGGCCGCUCGGGAUCCUACCUCAACAGCAGCAUCACGUCGGCCUGGAGCGAGCACAGCCUGGACCCGGAGGACAUUCGGGAGGAGCUGAAGAAGCUGUACUCCCAGUUGGAGAUUUACAAGAGGAAGAAAAUGCUAGCCAACAAUCCGCACCUGCAGAAGAAGCGCAGCUCCAAAAAAGGCCUGGGCCGCUCCCUGAUGAGGCGCAUCACCGAGAUCCCCGAGUCGGUGCACCGCCAGUGCAGCCGCGAGGAAAAGGACGUCGGAGACCACGGCAGCAAUCGCAACAGCAUCUGCGUUCUGAAGAAGAACCCUUUCGAUCAGACGCACACGGUCAAAGCGGUCAAAGAGGAGACCCUGAAAAACAAGGUCUUUUCCUUGAAGAAGUCCCACAGUAGCUACGACCACGUAAGAGAUCCGGGCCAAGACUCCGACAAGAUGGGGGUGAGCGCCGCCGAAGGCUCCCUUCUGGAUGCCUUGAUGGGAAAGAAGCUAGUAAAAAAGAAGUCCCGGGAGAACCUGGACGCCCCCUGCGAGUCCACCGAGUCGGUCCCUCUGGUCUGUAAGUCCGCCAGCGCCCACAACCUGACCGCCGACAAGAAACCGCUCCACCCUCGCGCCAACGUGCUGCAGAAGUCCCUCAGCGUCAUCGCCACCGCUAAGGAGAAGACGCUGGGCUUGGCCGGAAAGACCUCGAGUGCGGAGGACGGCCCCAAGAGGCCUCAGCCGAGGAGCAGAGACGAGAAUGAGACCAAGAAUGCCGUCGGCAAAGUCAAAAGCGCCAAGCAAAGCGAUCCGGUUAAAGGGAAGGACUUUUACAAUCUCUCCGAGGUGUGUCCCUGGGAAGUGGAAGAUCUCCCGACGCCUUCGGAGAACAAGGUCCAAAAGCACGUGUCCAUCGCGCCUGAGGAAACGACCACAGUUCACGGGGGCAGCUCCAAGCCCAAGAAGCAAAUGCUCUCGGAUCAGACUCCUUCUGGAAUCAGACAGUCCAAGGAAGUUCAGAAGACCAACACCGCAAGGGAAGAAGUUUGUCCCUGGGAGGGAGGUGAAAACCAAAGCGGUCCGGCGUCCGGUCAGGCUACGAAACUGCAAGAACCGCGUUCCAAAGGGGAAAACGCCACGAGCAACCGGGCCGAGGUUUGCCCGUGGGACUUUGGUGAACCUGCGACAGCAGAGACUUUUCCGUUAAAGACCGCCGAAACCCAAGGGAGGAACACCGUCACGGGAAGUUCGCUUAAAGCCGACGUUUGUCCCUGGGACAUUCCAGCGUCUCCCGCCUCUGAUGGCACGCCCAGUCCGUCCCGCAGUUCCAAACCCAAGGAUUCGCCUUCCAAAAGGAAAGGAAGCCCCUGCCAGAGAACUCUCGAGAAAGACAAAUUAAAAGACGGCAAUGAGGAGAAGAGUAGAACUAAAUCAAAGGACAAGAGCAAACCUGAAAAGCAGCAGAAAGUAGCCGAGGUUUGCUCCUGGGAUGUCGGCGAUCAGCAGGAGGCUCCGGCUGUAGAGAAACGCAAAAGCGCCAACGUCGGUGCCGCCAAAGUCAAGAAGGCCGACGUUUGUGCGUGGGACUUUGCGGAAGCGUCGGAUAAAAGCCCUUCGGAAAGAUCCUCGGCCUUGAGGAGCGACCCCGAUCCCGCAAAGAAAGCCGACGUUUGUCCGUGGGACUUUGAGGAACUGUCGGAUAAACAAAGAACCUCAGCUGCGAGGAGGAGCGACCCCAAUCCCGCCAAGAAAGCUGACGUUUGUCCGUGGGACUCUGAGGGACCGUCAGAUAAAGCCGCCUCGGAAAGACCUUCCACAGCGAGGAGGAGCGACCCCAAUCCCGCCAAGAAAGCCGACGUUUGUCCGUGGGACUUUGAGGAAGCGCCUGAUAAGACCACGCGGAAGAGCAAUCCUAAACCCAGUCCCCCUAAAAAGGCCGACGUCUGCCCCUGGGACUUUGACGACAAGACGGCGUGA